AUGACGGCUGCAAUGGAUGAGUUGUGGAGACGAUUUAGGUCAUUAGAUGUUAUUGGGAAAAGGGCAUUAAGGAGUAGGGUAUGUGAACUAGCAUACCUAACAAUGACAACAUUGUGUCCACCACCUGAGAAAAUAAAAACCAAAGGAGGAGUGAAGAAGAAAGGGAAAAAACCAGCAGAUUAUGAUGUUUAUAGGGACCCUUCGUAUCAUGAGUAUGUUGAUAAGGCAUCUCAAUCUUCACAAAGGCAAUCUCAACCAUCACAGACUUCGAAGAAGAUCAAAUUAUCAAAGAAGCAACCACAAUUCAUUGUUCAAUUUCCUAAUCAUAUUAGGUCAUACAUUGAAGAUGUAGUUAAUGUUGAAUCAGAUGGUAAUUGUGGAUUUAGAGUCAUUGCAUCAUUGCAUGGAUAUGGUGAGGAUGGUUGGUCAAUGCUUCGCAGAGAGUUGGGGUUGGAAUUAAUAGACAAGGAUAGGUCAACUUUGUAUGACAAGUUAUUUUCUAAUCGGUUGUCAGCUGUGAGAGAAUCUUUGAUGAUAGAAUCGUUUGGUUCACAGCCACCUGAAAAAUGGAUGAGUCUACCAGAUAUGGGUUACUUGAUAGCGAAUCGUUAUAAUGUUGUACUUGUCUGUUUAGGCAAUCCGUGCAUCACUUUCUUUCCGAUGACAAGUUCACAUUCACCAAAUGUCUCUAUUUAUUGCAUUGGUUUUGUUAACCAUAAUCAUUGGGUUCAGGUUAACAUGAAAUAGGGGUUUCCAUUGCCACCGGUCACAUUAGAUUGGAAGAAAUUUCGUUCUCAUAUAGCAACUACUUGGAUGCUAGGAUUUGCAGGACGUAUGCAACAUUGGCAAUUACUUAC